AUGUCAAAUAAAAUUACAACACAAUUUGCAAGAACUCGUCAAAUGUUAUUUACAAAGACAGGUCAUAGUGAAGAAACAAUUGAUGUACAAUAUCAUUAUGAAAAGGAAAGAACAUUUUCAACUGAGGAACGUUUAGUAAAGAUUCAAAAGAAUUCAAAGAAAUUGAUUGAGUUAUAUAAAGACUUGAAUAAGAUUACAACCGACAUUGCUCAAGAUGCAUGCGAUCUCUAUGAUACACAAGAUCCAAUGUGGACACCUGGUAGUAAACUUAGAGAUGUAGCAACCAACAAUGAUAAACAUUUAUUGGACUACACUGAACAAAUGGCAGAACCAUACACAAAACCAUUGUCAGACUAUAUCUCUCAAUAUAAAGAAGCUCGUAAACGUACUGAAGAAUUAACAACUCGUAAGGUUGAUAUGGAUCGUUAUAAAAAUGAAGUUGGUAAACUUCGUGAAAAAGGUGCUGGUUCCUCUUCAAAAGCAAAAUUAGCUCCAACUGAAGAGAAAUUAAGAAUUUGUAAAGAAGGUUAUGAUUCAUUACAUGAAGAAUUAUUAAAUGAUUUACCAAGAUUAAAUGAAGAUAAAUUAAUUUUUAUAGAUUAUUUAGUUGCUUCUUUAAUAAAAUAUCAAUCAGAAUUUCAUAAAAAAGUAUCAUAUGAAUGGAGUCCAUUACCAUCACUUACAAAACAUGUUGAUGAAUAUUCAGGUAGAGAUCAUCAACCAGUAAUUACAAGUGUUGAAAGAUCAGCAGCAUCAAUUAAUUUAAGAUCAGAUCCAGUAUUUAAGAGUAAUGCGUCAAUAAAGAUGAAACCAGGUGCACAAGAUCAACAACAAUAUUCAACUGUAGAUAAAGAUAUCCAUCAAUCACCAAAUCCUUCAAAUUUAAAUUUACAAAAAUCAACACCAAAUCCAUAUGGUGGUGCUUCUGCUCCACCACCUUUAUAUGGUGGUGGUGGCAGUUCAACUGCCACAGCAUUAUAUGAUUUCACUGGUGUUGAUAGUUCUGAAUUAUCAUUUAGAGCUGGUGAUAUCAUUACAAUUCAUAAAUCAGAAGGUGAAUGGUGGGAAGGUGAAUUAAAUGGUAUUUAUGGUUUUGCUCCAGGUUCUUAUUUAAGAAUGAAUUAA